AUGGACGGUCUGAGCUCCGCCGUCCAUAUUCUAUUCAUCAUUGACACGUCUAUCAAAGUGAUCAAAUGGUGUUACGACUAUGCCGACGAGUUCAAGCACUACAAGGAGGAGCGCGAAAGGCUGCUCCGGGCUGUUUCAGGCCUGAAGUUAGUGGCUGAGAAAGUCAAACAAAUUAUCAAGACACCCAGAGGAGAAAGGCUUGAGGCCUCACGAGAGUUUCAGAACACGACAGGUGAUGGGAACAAAUUCCUGAAAAACCUCGAGGACAAGCUUUGCAAAAGCGGCAAGGUAAACAGAUUUCUCUUGCCACUGAAGAAACAAGGUGUUGAGGAGGAUAUACAAGCGAUUGAGAAGUGCACGCAGAUUAUUCACCAGGUACUCCAAAUCGAUAUUGCCGAUAUUUUUCUCGAUGUAAACCUUCAAGCAAAGCUCGCGCAACGUAGAGCAGCGAUAGAAAGCCUGCUCCUGGCCGAGGGUGCGGCGUUCGACUCACAGGCCGAGCAGCAUAAUUCUGGCUGCUUGAAGAACACACGCGUGGCGCUCCUCGCUCAGAUAGCAGCAUGGAUCGAAGACGAAAACGCAAAGACCAUCUUCUAG